UCCCCGACCCUCUAGAGACACUAACUUCCCUUAGUCUAUCCAUUGUGUGUGAAGUGGUGCCUUCAUCCUCUCUCUGGUCGUUGCUGUCAGUGCUGCCAUGACUGUUGGUGGAUCUAAUUGCAUGGUGCCGCCAAUCUCAGCCUGGCCGGCCAGCUUAUCAGCUCGUUCAUUGCCUUGAACUACUGCAUAACCAGGGCUAAAGAUCCAUACAAUCCUUGUGAGUCUGCUGCUUUGUAUUGCCUCUCGCCAGUCUGCAUGUCAUCAUGUGUUUCUUCACUUUUUCGAGGGUACUCAUAGAGUCGGUGACGAGGAUGUCAGACUGAUACUCCGUCGUCUUAAUCCAGUUAAGGGCUUAUUCUGUGAUGGCUUUCAUAUAUCCCAAUGCACAUGCUGGACGUGGUUAUACUAGUGGCGCAUGACAGCUCUGUCUGUAUGACCCCGUUUACACGGGCGCUGAAAGCCCAUCUAUUUUUGACACCACGCUGCGCUGAUCCAUCUCUGAAGAUAACUAAGUUCAGUAUUCUCCUCUAUCAGCGUCUCUACCUCGGCAUUGGCUGCUCCCUCUGGCCACUCACGACAUUCUCUUCCUAAGGUGCUACCACUCGAGUAUACUGCUCAGGUGUGUCAGUGAUGCUGACCCAUGCGCUGCCUUUUCGAAUGUCUUGCACUUCACAGCAUUUAGCCGAAGUCGUCAAUGCCUCAUUCACCCAUUCAGUCCAUCUCUAAGCAGAAGCGUGUGUUCAGUUCUUCCCACUGUGUCAGGCAGGGGAUGCUGAUCAUCGGCGCUGACUCUCAAUUUAUACGCUUUCACCUGAGCAAUCUUGCGACGUUCUUCCAUGGCUGGGAGGUCAAGGAGAUAACGCAUAGCCUCGCAGGAUGUGUCUCGUGUACACCCGAGAACAGUCUGCAUACCUUUGUUCUGAAUUCUUUCAAGGCGUUUCAGCAGCGACAUUGACAAGAUGAGGAGAACGAGGCCGUAGUCUAUCACAGAUAGCACAAGAGUCUAGCAUAGCAUGGCUAAAAUUCUCUGUGGCAUUCUGCUACACUUCAUGGUUUUCACUAUUUUCAGUGCAGCCUUUUUUCUGACUCUUUUGAUGAUCCUGGUUAUGUGAUCUUUACCGGAGAGUAAUCUGUCAAAGGUGAUACUAUAAUUUAUUAUGUUAACGAUAUAGACCUAAUUUGUUAGAAGAAAAAAAAAGGGAUCUAUUUUUUUUGGGUUAAGGACUUUUAUCAGCAUGGGAAUGAUUCGAGCAAAAGAUAAUUAAUGAGUUAAUUUCUUCCUUAAAACGAGCGAAAUAGAAAUAAAGCGGUGCCCCAAAAAGUACGACUUGUGUUCGUAUCGACUACACAUCGACUACAACAAUCCAGCAUUUUAAUUAAUUUACCACUUUGCGUUCUCUGUAGGCCUAAGCUCCCAGAUAAUUUUUAAAAUAAAGGGCCGGAAUUUAUUCAAUAAAUUUUGUGCCAUUUCUAGAAAAAGAAAAGCAAUAUAUUGAAGCCAUUAUUCCAGGCCUAUUCUUUUUUUCCAACUACAAAAUUAUACUCGUCCUGGCUCUAUAUCGAAUAGGAUUCUUUUGUUGCAAGAGACAGGGAAGUGCUUCACCGCGGGAGAGACAAUGAUAACAUCCCGUAUCCGACAUAGCCGAGAUUCUAUCCAACAACCACCAGUUAUAUAAACUGCUGCCUCUGCGGAAAAAAGUGUUUUAAUAAAACAAUAUAAAGCUUUAGCGUCCCUCAACACUACGUGACAACUUUCUACACGAACAUAUUAUGUGAAUUUUUGAAGAUCAUGGAAGCGGCUCCUAUUCCUUUUGUUGAAGGAUGGGAAUUUGUGCAGACUUUAGGAGAGGGGGCUUAUGGCGAGGUAAAGCUAGCAGUCUGCCAGGCCACCCAGGAGUGUGUGGCGGUCAAGAUCAUUCAUGUCACUCACAAAGCUGUGGAGGAAAAUGUGAAGAAAGAGAUCUGCAUUCUUCGUAUGAUGGAGCACAAAAAUGUGAUAAAAUUUUAUGGGUACCGCAAAGCGAAUGAAGUGCAGUACCUUUUUCUGAAGUAUGCGAGUGGAGGAGAGCUCUUUGACCGAAUAGAACCUGACGUUGGCACAAACCUCCGAGAGGCUUUACGCUACUUUCAUGACCUGAUUGAAGGAGUGGAGUAUCUUCAUAGCCGAGGGGUAUGUCACAGAGAUUUGAAACCAGAGAACUUGCUGUUUGAUGAAAAUGAUGUGCUACAAAUAACGGAUUUCGGAAUGGCCACGAUAUUCCGGCAUCAGGGUCAAGAGCGAGAACUGAACAGGAUGUGUGGGACAAAGCCUUACACGGCUCCAGAGGUUCUGCGCGGGCGCCCGUACAAGGCUGAACCGGCAGACAUUUGGUCCUGCGGAAUCAUUCUGGUCGCUCUCUUGGCUGGGGAACUGCCGUGGGAUGAGCCGACCCCUCGGAAUACGUUGUACCGCAACUGGAAGGAAUGUCAAAUCACAACAAAUCCAUGGAACAAAAUUGACACCCUUGCUCUGUCCCUGUGCCGAUCUGUGCUAGGAGAGAACCCCCAGAGGAGGUAUACCAUCAAGCAGAUCAAGACGCACCAGUUCUACAACAAAUCUUUCCCUCUGCAUGCAGAUGAAGAGAAUGCCCUGUCAUCCCCUACCUCCCCGACAAUGCCGGCAGUGAAGAGACGAAUGAUGUCUCGGAGUGGUGAGGACAGAGGUCACUUGUCCUCUCCUUCAGGGGUCGUUUCAUCGUCUCAGCCUGAGAGAACCAGCAAUGAGAACUCGAUGUCCCCUAUGUCAGAGGAAUCUCGUUCCUUCAGCUUUUCCCAGCCCACUCACAUUGACAACCUGUUUCUGAACUCUCAGAUGCAGUGCACCCCAGGAACCUCACAGACGCCGUUCCAGAAACUGGUCAAAAGAAUGACGAGGUUUUUUGUAAUAAAUACCAAAGCGGAGACAGUUGCAGAGCUGGUGCGAGUGCUUCAAAAAGAAGGCUACCGUAUCAAGAAAAAUCACGCAUCUGUGCUGACUGUGUUCUCAGUGCAUAAACUUAUCUUCAAAAUUGGACUCAUUGACCUCGGAGGAAACUUGCUGGUUGAUUUCCGACUCUCGAAGGGAGAUGGUAUCGAGUUCAAACGACACUUUGUGCGCAUCAAGAACAAGUUAAAGCACAUCGUGAGGAAAACGGCCCCUUCGUGGCUCUCAGCGUCAAACGAUGCAAGGUCGUUGAACAACUGCACGCCAACAACUGCACGCAUCCCCAGUGGCUCCGGCACAAAGGAUCAGGACAGAGAGGAAAGAAUCGUGGCUGCCCUCAAGGCCGGGGAGGUUGACCUUCGACCUCGAAGAAAAGCAGACCAAGAGGUGAUGCAGAGUGAUGUGGCAGAGAAGGAUGAGAAGAAGGACUCUCUCGAGCCAGGAGAUAAGGAGGUUGUGAAGCAGGACUCUCUCGAGCCAGGAGAUAAGGAGGUUGUGAAGCAAAGUGCGGACUCGAAAGAGACACCCAAAGACAGGGGUGUCAGAUCCGACAGGGCCACUGUGAAAAAUAUGAAGCGAAGCACGUCGUAUUAGAUGCAAAUGUAUAAAAUCUAUUAAGGGGUACACUGGAUUAUGGGAGGCAGAUUAGUCAGGUGUGUGUGUGUGUUUCUUUUUAUGUUUCGUGUUUGUUUGUU